AUGAAGAUGUUAAGAUAUACUGAAAUCAUUUAUAGAGAUAUUAAUGGUGGAAUUUCCAUAUUUAAUGCGGAAAAUUUAACUGCCCGAGUAUUAAUUACUAAUUCAACAUUUAGACAACUAAAUGCAGUAGAUUUUAAAGUAUCCAGUGAUUUAAAAUAUGUUUUAUUAAUUGCGGAUAUAGAGAAUGUAUAUAGAUAUACAACUUUAGCUAAGUAUUAUGUUUAUGAAGUUGCCACAAGACUAAAAUUUCCGUUAUCACCGAGAGAAGAUGACCCAACUGCUCCAUUAUUACAAUAUGCAGAGUGGAGUCCUGAUGGUAAAGCUGUUGCAUUUAUUCAUCAAAAUGAUGUAUACUAUAAACCACGUGUACGUAAAGCGUUAGUCUGUCGAAUUACAAGCAGUGCUGAACAAAAUGUAAGUAAUGCCCCAAUUAUACAAAAUGGUAUAUCAGAUUGGUUAUAUGAACAUGAAAUAAUGAAUAUGAAUAAAGGUGCAGCCGUAUGGUUCUCACCAGAUAGUCAAUAUUUAGUUUAUCUACAAACAAACAACAGUGAAGUUGGAACAUAUAAAUAUCCAUGGUAUGGUGGUUAUGGAACAAAUGAGUUUAAUGAUUUAAAAUAUCCAGAGAUACGUGAAGUUAAAUAUCCAAAGGUUGGUACACCAAAUCCCAAUAUAACAAUAUGGGUAGUAAAUUUAAAUCGUCCAAAAUAUUUAUUUCCGCAACCGGUGCGACCACCAUCCUCAAUGAAUCCAUUAAAUCAACAACAAAUAAUGACACAACCGGAAUUAAUAUUCACAUAUAAUUAUAUCACAUCGAUCAAAUGGUUUGCCGAACGUAAUUUAGCUGUAAUGUGGUUAAAUCGUGCACAAAAUCAAUCAAUAUUAGGUAUAUGCAAAGCGCCACAAUUCAAUUGUUCAAUUGUACAUAUUGAACGGCCAGAGAAUGGUGCAUGGGUGCAUACAUCAAAUGAUUGGCAUGGACCAAUUUAUAAUCAGCAUGGUGAUUCGUUACAUUUAUUACCAGUACGUGAUGGUGAAUAUGGUAAUUAUUUACAUUUAUGUCAUAUCGAUGUACAACAACAUCAAGUCACACCAUUGACACAUGGACGUUUUGAAGUUACCGAUAUAUUAGGAUGGGAUGAGAAUAAUCAUAUUAUAUAUGCAAUUGCAACACCAGAAUUAAAACCAGCUGAACGACAUUUAUAUCGAAUUGGAUAUUCGAAUACAUCAUUACCAUGGCAAUGUUUAACAUGUCCCAAUGAAAAUUUAUCCAAUGAAAAUACAUUGAAUUUAGAUUUACCAUUAAAUGAUACCGAUGACAAAAAUAGUUUAGAAAAUAAUGAGACAUCAUUAUGUUUAUAUAAUAGAAUAAUUUUGAGUCCAGAUUUUAGAUUUUAUAUACAAGAAUGUUUAGGUCCCUCACCACCAUUUGUAGUAGUAUAUGAAACAUUAACUGGUGUUAAAUUAAAAGUAUUGGAUUCUGGUUCAUUAAUACGAUCGAAAUUAAAACAUUUAGCACAACCGCAAAUACGUACUUUUGAAGCUGAAAUUGAAGAUGGUUAUCAAGCACAGAUACGUUUAUUAUUACCACCUGGUUUACGAGAGGAUGAAGAUUUAAUGUUCCCGUUAAUUCUAUUAAUUGAUGCGGAGCCCGGAUCACAAACAGUGUCAGAGAAAUGGUCAAGUGGUUGGCCAUGGUACUUGGCAGCGAACAAAAGCUUUAUUGUUGCACAAGUCGAUGGUCGUGGUUCUGGUUUUCAAGGAGAACGUAUGCGAACAGAAAUACAUCAUAGAUUGGGCAGUGUUGAAGUUCAAGAUCAAUUAUCAGUGUUAACAUAUUUACGCAAUUCAAUUAAAGUGAUUAGUCCAAUACGUGUAUGUAUUGUAGGUGUAACAAGCUAUGGUUCAUUUGCAGCAUUAACAUUAUUGGCAACGGAUCAAAAUAAAAUUGUUAAUUGUACUGUAGCGUUAUCACCAAUUACAAAUUGGAAAUUACAUAACACAUACUUCACAGAACGAUAUUUAGGUUCAUCACCAUCAGAUUAUCUUCACGCUGAUUUAGUGACAACACAACGUGCUCAAAGUUUAGUAUCACGUCGAUUACUUUUAGCACAUGGUACAGCUGAUACUGAAGUACAUUCACAACAUGCAAUGUCAUUAGCAUCAAUUUUAGUAAAACAUGAAGCACUUUUUACAUAUUUGACAUAUCCAGAUGUUAAACACGAUUUUGAAAAUGUACAAAAUCAUUUAUACAAACAAAUAGAUUCAUUUUUUGAAGAUACAUUCGAUUUAGACUAUGAUUUCGAUCGAUGGGAUCAAACGCCGGAAUCAGAUCCAGCUACAGAUUUUUUUACAUCGUUUAGACAGUAA